AGCCGCGGUCGCGGCCGCUGUCAGCCUGUCCUGGGUGGGAAAGCUUCUCCGGCAGCAAGACAGCGUGACCCCCGCGCGCGGGGCCAGGCAAUUUAAGGGUCCGAAGCUAAGGAGCAUCACACCACCAUGUCACAUAACAACUCGGACUUCCAGGCUGCUUACAUCUUCAUAGAGGUGCUGAUUGCCCUUGUAUCCAUUCCUGGGAAUAUUCUGGUGAUCUGGGCUGUCAAAGUGAACAAGUCCCUCCAGGAUGCCACCUUCUACUUUAUUGUGUCUCUGGCAGUGGCAGAUGUAGCUGUGGGAGCACUUGUAAUUCCUCUUGCCAUUGUCAUCAACGUAGGACCACGCAUCCCUUUCUACAGCUGCCUGAUGGUGACAUGUCCUGUCCUCAUCCUCACAGAAAGCUCCAUCCUGGCAUUAUUGGCUAUUGCUGUGGAUCGCUAUCUCCGAGUCAGGAUUCCUAUCCGUUAUAAGAGUGUGGUGACCCCCAAACGUGCAGGGGUUGCUAUUGGAUUCUGCUGGCUGAUCUCCUUCCUUGUGGGGCUGACUCCUAUGUUUGGCUGGAAUGAACCGAAGACACAGCGAGAGUCAAACUCCAGCCAGUCAGACACUAUGGUUUGCAAAUUUGAGAAUGUCAUCAGCAUGGACUACAUGGUGUAUUUCAACUUCUUUGUGUGGGUAUUGCCUCCACUGGUCCUUAUGCUCGUCAUCUACCUGGAGGUCUUCAGGAUCAUUCGCAAGCAGCUCAACAAAAAGGUUGAAUCCAGCUCAACAUACCCAGAAAAAUAUUAUGGGAAGGAACUGCAAAUUGCCAAGUCUCUUGCCUUGGUGCUAUUCCUUUUUGCUCUGAGCUGGCUUCCUCUGCACACUUGCAACUGUGUCCGCUUAUUCUGCUCCACAUGCAAGAAUCCCACGACCCUCACCAAUAUUGCUAUAUUUAUGACUCAUGGGAACUCAGCCAUGAACCCCAUUGUUUAUGCAUUUAGGAUUAAAAAAUUCAGGACCGCAUUCCUGCGAAUCUGGAACCAGUAUUUUUAUUGCAAAGUGGACAAGAAUGCAAAUAAUAUUGGUAACACCGACAUUGCUAUUUAGGAGUUACGGACUGAGGUGUUUGGGGCUGCAGCCUUCAAACUGUACAGGAUGAUCUAUAAACAUUCCUUUCAUUGUCCAAAUGAUCUGGAUGGAGCAGGCAAAGCUCAGAGGCACCCAAGAGUAUUAUUUAUUACUUCUACUAGUAAUAUUCAUUGUAUCACUUGGUAUUCUAUGACCUGUUCUUAAAUUGAUACACAUUUAAAGGGGAAUUAUACCAACAAAAAACUGUAUCGUAUCUUUCGUUCCAAUAAAGAGGAAAUGAAUCUCA